UCCGCGAGGCCGUGUCAGCUUCUGGGACGUCCCCGUUUCGCCGGGGCUGGUUUUCCCUGGACAGCUGCGAGCUCUUGGUUUUCCUUCUUUCCGAGUGGGAGCCGAGAGUACUCUUCCCGGGCCCAGGGCGGCGGUGCAGCCGGGCGGGGAAGACUUGGAGUGAAAAGCCGCCCGCGACACCGAGGAUACAGCUCCCUCAUGGGAGUCCAGGGGCUCUGGAAGCUGCUGGAGUGCUCCGGGCGGCAAAUAAGCCCGGAGACGCUGGAGGGGAAGAUCCUUGCUGUGGAUAUUAGCAUCUGGUUAAACCAGGCUCUUAAAGGAGUCCGCGAUCGCCACGGGAACUCGAUAGAAAACGCCCAUCUUCUCACUUUGUUCCACCGACUCUGCAAACUCUUAUUUUUCCGAAUUCGUCCUAUUUUUGUGUUUGAUGGGGAUGCUCCACUAUUGAAGAAACAGACAUUGGCUAAGAGAAGGCAUAAAAAGGACUUGGCCGCCAGUGACUCCAAAACAACCACAGAGAAGCUUUUGAAAACAUUUUUGAAAAGACAGGUUAUCAAAACUGCCUUAAAAAGCAAAAGGGAGGAAGCCCUUCCCAGUCUUACUCAAGUUCAGAGAGAAGAUGACAUCUACGCUUUGCCACCUUUACAAGAGAAAGAGAAAAACAGUUCAGAAGAGGAGGAUGAAAAAGAAUGGCAAGAAAGAAUGAGUCAGAAACAGGCAUUACAGGAAGAGUUCUUUCACAAUCCUCAUGCAAUUGACAUUGAGUCUGAAGAUUUCACCAGCCUGCCCCUGGAAGUAAAGCAUGAAAUCUUGACUGAUAUGAAGGAAUUUACUAAGCGGAGAAGAACAUUAUUUGAAGCAAUGCCAGAGGAGUCCAAUGACUUUUCACAGUACCAGCUAAAAGGCUUGCUUAAAAAAAACUAUCUAAACCAACACAUAGAAAAUGUCGAGAAGGAAAUGAAUCAGCAGCAUUCAGGGCAAAUCCAAAGGCAGUAUGAAGAUGAAGGAGGCUUUCUGAAGGAGGUGGAGUCCAGGAGAGUGGUCUCUGAGGACACUUCCCACUACAUCUUGAUAAAAGGUAUUCAAGCUAAGAAAGUCACAGAAGUGGAUUCAGAGUCCCUUCCUUCUUGCAGCGAAAAGCAUAGCAGGGCUUUAGACACAAAGUCACCUCCGUGUGAAAAACUGAAGCCAAAGAAAGAGCCUGACGCCUCCCCGCCCUCCCCAAGAACCUUGCUGGCCAUGCAGGCUGCCCUGCUGGGCAGUAGCUCAGAAGAUGAGCUGGAGGGUGAGCAUCGCAGGCUGUGUGAUGUGAAGAGCCCACCUGCUCCCGCCCCUGAGGGUUCUGUGUCCCCGCUGACCCUCUUGGCCAUUCAGAGAGCUCUCGAUGAUGAUGAUGAAGAUCUGAAAGUGCAUGCCAGUGUGCAGACAGAAGGGGCGGGCAGGAGAAAACCAAGACCGCUGGUGAGCAGUUCUGAUGAGGAAGCUGUGGAAGAACCUCAAGUGAGAGAUGGAGACAGAGAGCUGUUGACGGCAGCGCCUUGCGCUGCCAGUGUGACCCUCACAGAGGACCAUGUGACCCACACCAGUGAUGAAAAAGAGCGGACAGACUCGGCUCCUUUACCGCAGACUGUCUUUUGUCAAGGCAGCGAGUCUAGCCUUCCAAAAGAACAGACGCCAUCUAUGCACGUGGUGAAGGAACCCUUUCAGACCAGCGCUGAGUCUACAGCUCAGGAUGGGAAAGAUCUUGUUCCUUUAGAAAGCACCGUGGUGCCACAUGGGGAUGCGCCUGGGCUCUGGGGGGGACCAGAGCAGAUACCAACACCUCCGACAAGCCCAAGUUCUGGGUCAAGGAGUGGGACGUACACCAAAGUGUCAGAGCCACAGCAGGCUCUUCCCCCCGAGAGUAAACAUGACACCUCUGUUCUCUCAAGUGAUGACGAAACAGGAUCUGAAAAACAUCCUGCUCCUGACGUCGUUGGCACCACCAGUUUGCAGGACUCCAGUAACACCCUGGGUGUCGCUAGAGAGACAGUAAGUGACUUAGGAAAUGUGGCAUCUGUUAGUGCCCCAGAGCAUGAGAAUUUCUUGAAAACCAUCCAAGAACAUGAGACUAUUGAAUCUGCAGGCCAGGGUUUGAUUUUGGUGCCAGAGUCCACAGAACCAACAGAAGCAGACUCCGAAGACAGUGAAUCUGACGGAAGUUUCAUCGAAGUGCAGAGUGUAAAUAGCAGUGAUGAACUUCAGGCCGAGUCACGGGAAGCUUCCAGACCUCCCUCAGGACAAGGCGAGGAGGAACCGACAGGAACUGAGAAGGAAGAAGCCACUGGUGGCUCCGAGGGCCUCCCGAGAGAUACUUCUGACAGUGAGGCCGUGGCUACUGAGCGACACGGAGAGACUGAAAAAGAUGCAGACAAUUCGCUCAACGAGUGGCAAGAUAUCGAUCUGGACGAGCUGGAAGCUCUGGAGAGCAACCUCUUAACCCAGCAGGACUCACUGAAAGCUCAAAAACAGCAGCAAGAACGGGUGGCCGCUACUGUGACAGGGCAGAUGUUCUUGGAAAGCCAGGAACUGCUCCGCCUGUUCGGUAUCCCCUACAUCGAGGCUCCCAUGGAAGCAGAGGCUCAGUGCGCCAUCCUGGAUCUGACUGACCAGACUUCCGGAACCAUCACCGAUGACAGUGAUAUUUGGCUGUUCGGGGCGCGGCACGUCUACAAAAACUUCUUCAAUAAAAACAAGUUUGUAGAAUAUUACCAGUAUGUGGACUUUCACAACCAAUUAGGAUUGGACCGGAACAAAUUAAUAAAUUUGGCCUAUUUGCUUGGAAGUGAUUAUACAGAAGGAAUACCAACUGUGGGUUGUGUUACCGCCAUGGAAAUUCUCAAUGAAUUCCCUGGACAUGGCCUGGAACCACUCCGAAAAUUCUCCGGCAGUCAUGAUUAUUGUGUCAAAGAUGAAAAUUCACAGGCCAUCUUAACUGCCUGCAUAUUUUGUCAGCGGUAUUUUGGCUGGAACAGGACGAAGACAGAUGAAUCUCUGUUUCCUGUAUUAAAGCAACUGAAUGUCCAUCAGACACAGCUCCGAAUUGAUUCUUUCUUUAGAUUAGCCCAACAGGAGAAACAGGAGGCUAAGGGUAUUAAGAGCCAGAGACUUAACAGAGCUGUGACAUGUAUGCUGAGAAAAGAAAGAGAAGCAGCAGCCAGUGAAAUAGAAGCAGCUUCUGUUGCCAUGGAGAAAGAGUCUGAGUUCCUUGAUGAGGAGAAAGGAAAAACCCAGAAGAGAGGCACAGCAAAUAGGUGGAAAGAGCCAUCCAGCCCGAAAAGAACGAGGCUUUCGGAUUCUAAAGGAGGGAACGACAGCGGUGGGUUUUUGGGGGAGGCCUACCUCUCGCAGUCCUCCGAGGCCUCUUCAGGUGAGGAUGCGGAGUACUUCCCCGCGAUGGGCGUGCAGAGGGCGAAGGCACCUGGGGGGUCCAGAGCCCGCACGUCAGCUGCACAGAGCGCAGCGCAGCCUGCUCCCCGGAGGGACGGCGGGACCACCACGAGCAGCUCCAGCGACGACGAUGAUGGAGCGGGCGCGAAGCCCCUGCUGGUCACCGCCAGGCCUGUGUUUGGGAAGAGAAAGGGGAGACGGAGAAGUGCGAGACGAAGGAAGUGGAAAACCUAAAUACCCAUGCAGGCUCUGUAGUUGGGUACAGCUUAACGUUUUGUGAUGAAUUUGUUGUGGGGAAAUAAUAAAAUUCAGAGUAUUUGCACAGUCUUUGUUGUGUGGCUUUUAAAAAUAUGGACGUUAAGCUGGACAAUUACUUAUUUUCUUUAAUAUGUUACCUUUUUCUAGUGUUUUCCACUUCAUUGAAUAUUUCUUUGUAUCUACAGGCCUCAUCUGUUCAUGUUUCUAGUAUUAUGCAAUGUCAAUGCUUUCUAACAUUAAAAAGGGAAAAGGGGUUUCUAUUGAUCAGUACUUACUCGCUGUAUGUUCCCUCUGACUUUCCAACCUAGAUGAGAAUAAAAUAUAUUUCUGUUUAUAUCCA